AUGGCCCCGCCGUAUGGCCGCGUGGAACUCAGUGCUUCCAAAGUGGGCCUGGCCGGCCUCUCCUGGAGGCCACCGCACUGCCACCCGUCCUGCUACUUCCAUACCCUCCCCUACGUAGCAGCUUCCUGUGUCUUCAAGGCCGGCCGUCCGGGCAGCGGCCGCCAGCUGACCGCGGCCCGCUCGCCCUCCGUCCACACCAGGCCCGAACGGCGGAACGCGCAUGCGCACGGCGCCGCUCCCCGCCCCCAGCUCGCGCCCGCACCCAACGCCCCCAACGCGGCCCGCCGGGCCAUGGAACCCGCCGAAGUUGGCCGGGAACAUAAUCCCCCCAAUCUUUCCCAUCUUCCCAAAUGGCAUCACUAUUCACCUGGGUUUUCAAGCCCUAAAUAUGGAGUUUUAACAUUGAAUGCGGAGAACACUAAUUAUGCCUAUCAAGUUCCAAACUUCCAUAAGUGUGAAAUCUGUCUGCUAUCUUUUCCAAAAGAGUCCCAGUUUCAACGCCACAUGAGGGAUCACGAGCGAAAUGACAAGCCACAUCGAUGUGACCAGUGCCCCCAAACAUUUAAUGUUGAAUUCAACCUGACACUUCAUAAAUGCACCCACAAUGGGGAAGAUCCUACCUGUCCUGUGUGUAACAAGAAAUUCUCCAGAGUGGCUAGUCUCAAAGCGCAUAUUAUGCUACAUGAAAAGGAAGAGAAUCUCAUCUGCUCUGAGUGUGGGGAUGAGUUCACCCUGCAGAGCCAGCUGGCCAUACACAUGGAGGAGCACCGCCAGGAGCUGGCUGGGAGCCGGCUUCAUGCCUGCAAGGCCUGUAGGAAAGAGUUCGAGACGUCCUCCCAGCUGAAGGAGCACAUGAAGACUCACUAUAAAAUUAGGGUAUCAAGUACAAGGUCUUAUAACCGGAACAUUGACAGGAGUGGAUUCACAUAUUCAUGCCCGCACUGUGGAAAGACAUUUCAAAAGCCAAGUCAGUUAACUCGGCAUAUUAGGAUACACACAGGUGAAAGGCCAUUUAAGUGUAGUGAAUGUGGGAAAGCUUUUAACCAGAAGGGGGCAUUGCAGACUCACAUGAUUAAGCAUACAGGUGAAAAACCCCAUGCCUGUGCCUUCUGUCCUGCUGCCUUUUCUCAAAAAGGGAAUCUCCAGUCCCACGUGCAGAGAGUUCACUCAGAGGUCAAGAAUGGCCCUACCUAUAAUUGUACAGAAUGUAGUUGUGUAUUUAAAAGUCUAGGUAGCUUGAACACUCAUAUCAGCAAGAUGCACAUGGGCGGACCACAGAAUCCAGCAAGCUCCACAGAGACCGCUCACGUUUUAACGGCCACGCUGUUUCAGACGUUACCUCUCCAGCCGACGGAAGUCCAUGUCACGUCUGCGUCGAGCCAGCAGAAUUCCCAGGCCGUGACCGACGUCAUCCAGCAGCUGCUGGAGCUCUCAGAGCCGGGGCCGGCGGAGUCCAGCCAGCCCCCACAGCCCGGCCAGCAGCUCAGCAUCACCGUGGGCAUCAACCAGGACAUUUUGCAGCAAGCCUUAGAAAACAGUGGGCUGUCUUCAAUUCCAGCUGCAGCACACGCUCACGACACCAGCCAUGCCAGGACGCCCUCGGUGCAGGUUCAGAAUCCGGAUGCUCCUCACGCUUCGAGUGAGCAGACCCACUCCACAGAGGCAGAGCAGGAAAAAGAUCAAGAAAGCCCAGAGAAGUUGGAUAAAAAAGAAAAAAAAAUUAUAAAGAAGAAAUCACCAUUUCUACCUGGUUCAAUCCGCGAGGAGAAUGGCGUCCGGUGGCAUGUGUGUCCCUACUGCACGAAGGAGUUCCGGAAGCCUAGUGACCUGGUGCGCCACAUCCGCAUUCACACCCACGAGAAGCCCUUCAAGUGUCCGCAGUGUUUCCGGGCCUUUGCUGUGAAGAGCACCCUGACCGCUCACAUCAAAACACACUCGGGCAUUAAGGCCUUCAAGUGCCAAUACUGCAUGAAGAGCUUCUCCACCUCGGGGAGCCUCAAAGUACACAUCCGCUUGCACACAGGGGUCAGACCUUUUGCUUGUCCUCACUGUGACAAAAAGUUUCGAACCUCAGGCCAUAGGAAGACUCACAUUGCUUCUCACUUUAAACACACGGAGUUAAGAAAGAUGAGGCACCAGCGUAAACCUGCAAAGGUUCGAGUCGGCAAGGCCAACGUUCCAGUCCCCGAUAUUCCUUUGCAAGAGCCGAUUCUCAUAACUGACGUAGGUCUUAUCCAGCCCAUUCCAAGAAACCAGUUUUUUCAAAGUUACUUUAAUAAUAAUUUUGUAAACGAAGCAGAUAGACCGUACAAGUGUUUUUACUGUCAUCGUGCGUAUAAAAAAUCUUGCCACCUUAAACAACACAUCAGAUCACAUACAGGUGAAAAGCCUUUUAAAUGUUCUCAGUGUGGAAGAGGCUUUGUUUCUGCAGGAGUGCUCAAAGCACACGUCCGAACGCACACUGGACUAAAAUCUUUCAAGUGUCUGAUAUGUAACGGAGCUUUCACUACUGGUGGGAGCUUACGGCGACAUAUGGGUAUCCAUAAUGACCUUCGUCCCUAUAUGUGUCCCUAUUGCCAGAAAACAUUUAAGACCUCACUAAAUUGCAAAAAGCACAUGAAAACCCAUAGAUACGAGCUUGCCCAGCAGCUCCAGCAGCAUCAGCAAGCUGCCUCGCUGGACGACAGCGCCGUGGACCAGCAGAGCAUGCACGUCUCGACGCACAUGCAGGUGGAGAUUGAGAGCGAGCAGCUGCAGGCGGCAGCAGCGGGCACUGCGAACCCCGAGGCCAUGCUGGACCUGGAGCCUCAGCAGGUCGUGCGCACGGAGGACGCGGGACUGGGUCAGCAGUUGACGCAUCAGCCUCUGGAAGCAGAUGAAGACAGGUUCGUGGCUCCACCACCCGCUCUCCAGGGGCACAUGGACCAGUUUGAAGAGCAGGCGCCUCCGCAGCCGUCCUUCGAACCGGGUGGCUUGUCACAAGGCUUUACCGUGACGGAUACGUACAGCCAACAGCCCACGUUUGCCCCUGUCCAGCAGCUACAAGACUCCAGCACGCUGGAGUCUCAGGCCCUCUCCACCAGCUUCCACCAGCAGAACCUGCUGCAGGUCCCCAGCUCUGACGCGAUGAACGUCACAACGCGUUUGAUCCAAGAGUCGUCCCAAGAGGAACUGGAGCUGCAGACUCAGCGUCCCCAAUUCCUGGAGGACAGGGAGGACCAGAGCCGGCGCUCCUACAGGUGUGAGUACUGCAACAAAGGCUUUAAGAAGUCCAGCCACCUGAAGCAGCACGUGAGGUCCCACACUGGGGAGAAGCCCUACAAGUGCAAGCUCUGUGGACGCGGCUUUGUCUCUUCCGGGGUCCUCAAGUCGCACGAGAAGACACACACAGGGGUAAAGGCAUUCAGCUGCAGUGUUUGCAAUGCCUCGUUCACGACCAACGGCAGCCUCACGCGGCACAUGGCCACGCACAUGAGCAUGAAGCCCUACAAGUGUCCGUUCUGUGAGCAGGGCUUCCGGACCACAGUGCACUGUAAGAAGCACAUGAAGAGGCACCAGGCCGUCCCCUCUGCUGUGUCCGCCACGGGGGACGCGGAAGGAGGAGAUGUGUGUAUGGAGGAAGAGGAAGAGAAUUCUGAAAGAAGCGCAUCUCGAAAGGCUCGUCCCGAGGUCAUCACUUUCACGGAGGAGGAGACGGCGCAGUUAGCAAAGAUUCGGCCGCAGGAAAGUGCGACCGUCUCUGAGCAGGUCCUGGUGCAGUCGGCGGCCGAGAAGGACCGCAUCAGCGAGAUGAAGGACAGGCAGGCAGAGCUGGAGGCUGAGCCCAAGUACGCUAACUGCUGCUCGUACUGCCCCAAGAGCUUUAAGAAGCCCAGCGACCUAGUGAGGCAUGUUCGGAUCCACACUGGAGAAAAGCCAUACAAAUGUGACGAAUGCGGGAAGAGCUUUACCGUUAAGUCGACUCUGGACUGCCACGUGAAGACCCACACAGGUCAGAAGCUCUUCAGCUGUCACGUCUGCAGCAAUGCCUUCUCGACGAAGGGAAGCCUGAAGGUGCACAUGCGUCUGCACACAGGAGCGAAGCCUUUCAAGUGUCCCCACUGCGAACUGCGCUUCCGCACGUCGGGGCGGAGGAAGACUCAUAUGCAGUUCCAUUAUAAGCCCGACCCGAAGAAGGCGCGGAAGCCAGUGACUCGAAGCUCCUCGGAGGGACUGCAGCCCAUGAACCUGCUCAGUCCGACGUCCACCGACCCCAACGUGUUCAUCAUGAACAACUCUGUUCUCACGGGACAGUUCGAUCAAAACGUGCUUCAGCAAGGCCUGGUGGGCCAGGCUAUUCUUCCUGCCUCCGUGUCAGCCGGCGGUGACUGGACAGUGUCCCUGACGGACGGGAGCCUGACCACCCUGGAGGGCAUACAGUUACAGUUGGCCGCUAACCUAGUCGGCCCCAACGUUCAGAUCUCUGGAAUCGAUGCCUCCAGCAUUAAUAACAUCACGCUGCAGAUUGACCCGACUAUUUUGCAGCAAACCUUACAGCAGGGCAACUUGCUUACUCAGCAGCUGCCGGGGGAGCCCGGCCUGGCCUCACAGAGCAGCUCUCUUCAGACCCAGGACAGCACGGUCCCAGCCAGUGUCGUCAUCCAGCCCAUCCCUGGCCUGUCCUUACAGCCCACCGUGACGUCUGCCAGUCUGACCAUCGGCCCGCUGUCUGAGCAGGACCCUGUGAUGACCACCAGCAGCAGUGGGACUCAAGACCUCUCUCAGGUGAUGACGUCGCAAGGCCUGGUGUCCACCUCCAGCGGCCCCCACGAGAUCACCCUGACCAUUAACAACUCAAGUCUGAGCCAGGUCUUGGCGCAGGCUGCCGGGCCCACCGCUGCGUCGUCCUCAGGGUCUCCCCAGGAAAUCACCCUGACCAUCUCUGAGCUGAAUGCUACCCCUGGAAGCCUCCCUUCGACGACACCCAUGUCUCCAUCGGCCAUGUCUGCUCAGAACCUGGUCAUGGCUUCAUCAGCAGUCGGAGGAGAUGCUAGCGUCACGCUCACUCUGGCCGAUACUCAGGGCCUGCUCUCCGGAGGACUGGACACGGUCACGCUCAACAUUGCUUCUCAGGGUCAGCAGUUCCCAGCCUUACUCACGGACCCCUCGCUGUCGGGCCAAGGGGGAGCAGGUUCGCCGCAGGUCAUCCUAGUGAGCCAUACCCCACAGCCGUCCGCCGCUGCGUGUGAGGAAGUCGCCUACCAGGUCGCUGACGUGCCGGGCGGGCCGCCCGCGAAGGAGGGCCGGGUGCACCCGUGCCUGGAGUGUGGCUGCGCCUUCGCGUCGGCCGCCAUGCUGCUUCAGCACAGCAAGGAGGUGCACGGCCGGGAGCGCAUCCACGUGUGCCCCGUGUGCAGGAAGGCCUUCAAGCGCGCCACGCACCUCAAGGAGCACAUGCAGACUCAUCAGGCGGGCCCUUCGCUAAGCUCCCAGAAGCCAAGAGUGUUUAAAUGUGACACCUGUGAAAAGGCGUUCGCCAAGCCCAGCCAGCUGGAGCGGCACAGCCGCAUCCACACAGGAGAGCGGCCGUUUCGCUGCACUCUGUGUGAGAAAGCCUUCAACCAGAAGAGCGCCCUGCAGGUGCACAUGAAGAAGCACACGGGCGAGAGGCCCUAUAAGUGUGACUACUGCAUCAUGGGCUUCACCCAGAAGAGCAACAUGAAGCUCCACAUGAAGCGGGCGCACAGCUACGCGGGAAGUCUGCCGGAGCCCGUGGUCCAGCAGGAGCACGGCGCCGAGGAGCUGAGCCGGACCCUCCACCUGGAGGAGGUGGUGCAGGAGUCUGCGAGCGAGUGGCAGGCCCUGGCCAAUGUGUUCUGAUGCGGCCCGUCCCCACCUUAGAGGCCGUUUCCGAAGUUAAAUGUUGCGAAGAACGGAGCACUUGGAAUUUCUGUUUUGAGGCUUCAGGUGUUAAAAAUGUUACCACGCUAGUUUUUUAGCUAUAAAAUUAUCUCAAGAAUCAUUGUCUUCAGAGACUGAUAGGAAACAACCGGGAGCAGUGUGAACACGUCGUUGUCAUUUGUCUACAAAUCACUGAACUCAGGUACUACACUGGGGCAGUUCUACCUUCCCCUCGGCGGCCAGUGCAUCUAGUUACAAAGACGUUAACUGGAUCUUACUAUCAUUGUAGUGUG